UGCAUAAUUAGUUUUAAAGUCUUAUGUAAUAUGCUAAGUAAGUCAUCAGAGGGAAUCGAUGAUCAAUAUUGAAUAGUGCAUUUGUUGUGAAGUUUGCGUGUCCUUGCGUUUCAAGAAACCAUUGUUUUCAUUUCAAAUCCACAAAGACGAAUCUUUCAUGAAUAGUUAACAAGUAUCAGCCUGUGAUAUCUUCCCAGUCUCGAGGUUCCUCACAUCAUUGGUUCAUUGUUUCAAAACAUACGCGUCGAUAUUCCCGGCUAAAAUUGCUGUAUACAGCCUUGGUCAUGAGGAAGAAUAUGCGUGCCUUAGCUGUCAUAAUAAGCUGCAUAACUCUUACGAUCAUAGUCAACUUGCUCGUGUUUUGCUCGUUGCCAGCUGUUCCAGAUCACGUCAGUGAAGGUGUACCAGUAGGUUUCUGCGGUGUAAGGCUUUGGUAUCCCGCCGAACGACAUGACACCCGUCUAGAGUGGACUGGCACAAUUAGUCGCCCCAUGCCACAAGAUACUAAAGCGGAACCCUUGUCAAGUCCUGUUCUCUUGGAUAACAAUCCUUACGAGGCUGAGGGAGAUGACGCGUCUUAUUACAGAGGAGAUGAUGGUAAAAGAGACUUGGAACAGAAGCAGCGUCUGAGGCAGUUUUGCGGAGGAAGAAAAAAGAAAACACCAAAUAACGAGACUUUAGGACACCUUUACGUUUUUGAAAAACACAAAGUGAUCUUCUGUCUGGUACCAAAGGUAGCAAGCAGGAAAUGGAUGUCGCUCCUCGGAAAAUACCGCUUAUCUCAGGGUUAUCAUUCUCCGUACGGUCCAACCGUGGAACAGUUUCCACAGGAAAAAGCACAGAAAAUGCUUCAAACUUUCUACAAGUUUAUGCUUGUGAGAGAACCUUUCGAGCGGCUUUUGUCAGCGUACAAAGAUAAAUAUUUACAUCCAAGAGCCGCUGAUAAAGAUCCAUUCAUUACAGUGUUUGGAAGAAAGAUCAUCCGAAACUUUAGACCCAACGCCACCCAGGAGGCACUGCAGGGCGGGUAUGGUGUGAGGUUCCCUGAAUUCAUAGAGUACAUUAUAAAUGGGGGCGCGCAAGAGGACUGGCACUGGGCAAAUUAUGAAGACGUCUGCGGGUUUUGCGAUAUCAAGUACAACUAUGUAGGGCACUAUGAGACUCUACAAGAAGACGCUAAGUAUGUUCUUGAGCGAGCCAAUUUAACACAGUUGAAAUUCCCAUCGUUUCGUUCAUCAAGAACUAAAAAUGAACUAAUAAAUUACUACGCACACAUACCAAAAGUUUGGAUCAAACGUCUGGGGAUUGUGUAUCAAAGCAGUUUUAAAAUAUUUGGCUACCCUUUUCCCGGACCCUUAGAGAACUUACUAGGUUCAUCCUUAUAAGUUGUUAUUUAAAUAAAACUUCAGUUCAUAUAUUUCUAGGAAUUUGUUGUUAUCUGGCACGAUUAACUAAUUUUACAAUGUUCUUGUAGCCAUAUACGUCAAAAAUAGUGAAACAAUCUUGAAAAGACACAUACUUUCAGUGAGGCGAGCCUUACAAAAGAGUGUAAAAUAAUAAAAUAACACCAAAACUAAAGAAACCACUCUUUCCAAUCACAAAAACCGCAGUGAAACAAUCAAAACUUCAUGCAAGUACAUAUCGCUGACGCGAAACCCGGGAAAACGCGUGGGCCGACCUGCACUGUUUUGAAGGGUUUUACUUCCGAUUGGAUGAUAAAGUGGCGCGAGUUUUUUUAAGCCAAUCACAGGUCAACGUAGUAAUUAGCCUGCGAGCAGGCUCUUAUUGGCUCUCAUCAAAAGCAUGGAAGGGACGGACCAUUAGAGAAGUGAUGGGGGAGGGGGGUGGGAGAAAAAAAACAUGGAAGGUUGGCAGACUGAAAAAAAAGUUCGUGCAAAGGAGAAGUGAAGAAAAAAAAUUCUUGCAGAGUCGAUUGCACUGUCGGGCUUACGAACUUUACUCGCCUAAAGGGCACCUUGGCAGCCACUUUAUACUGCAGUUUUAAUUUGAAUUCUUGGUCCUGGUGUAAUCCCCAUUUACCUGGUUUUCUCUACAAUUAGGAAAACGGACAUUUUUCUAUUUCAAGGCUGAUAAAAUACAUUUUGUGCGCAGCAAAACUACGAGCUAUAAACAACCAUCCUGCUUGAUUAGUUUCCGAUGAAGCAAGCACAGACCGUGUUUUGAAAGACUCGAUAUAUAGGAGUGAUUUCACAACUGACAACUCUCAACUUUUGACAGAGUAAACGACGCAUUAUCAUUCAAGUCCAAUCGAUACAUUAAAUUUAUCGGCUUAAAAUCGUGGAAAACGCACCAAAACGCUUCAAUUUUGCCAAAUUUUCUGGGUGGCAUACCCCCAGACUCCCCCAGCAGAAUAGGUCCUUUGGCCCCACAUUUGUUACUAGACGGCCACUUAGAGAAUCCUAGCUAAAACCUUGAUUCACUGCAUGCCAAGAAUGAGUUUUAUUACAAGGGGAAUGAAAAAAUAAAAUCAAUUUUUCUCUAGACAUCAAACAAAAAGUGUAACGCAGCUCCAUCACUUAGGCAAUAGCCGCUUAAAUGUGUCUGAUACCUUCAGUAUGUUUCCCCUGCGGAGUAUAAUUUUAACAGUAAAGCAAAACGACUGUGUGAAAGAUAAAAAAAAAAUAUUUGUUUGAAGCAUUUUGCAGGCAAUCAGAUUGUAUAGCGCGUGUCAAGAUUAAGAUUGCAGGGCACUUGACCCCGAAAAAAAACCCUGCAGAGGCACUAAACGAAAAAAAUCCUGCAAGCUGAAAAAGUCCCACCCCCCAUCACUUUUCUAGUGGUCGGUCCCUAACCUCUUUUGCUCUCGUACAUUCUCGUCCCCAGAGGCCGCGCUCCUCUCAUACACGGUCAUACUGCCGCGAAGCUGCGAGAGACUAGUCAGCAAGUAAAGCCUGCCCCUCACUGACUUCCUUCGCUCACCUAAAAAAGUCUAACAAAGCGGUCAUAGAUGUUGCAAUCAGAGAUGCCAACCUGUGGAAGAUUAUUGAACACGAUACAGAAAACACAUUUUCCCUCCCAUCCUUUUUGCUUAAAAGUUGAUCCAGACACACCAAAUACAACAGCUACAUAGUUCUCUUUCCCAAAUAGUGUACAUUUGUUUAUAGUAUAAUCAUAAAGCUAUUAAUUAUAUUAGAGCUAUAAUUUCUAGUACUCUUUUCCAAACAGUGUACCUUUAUUUAUAGCAUAAUCAUAAACCCAAUUUAAUUAUAUUAGAGCUAAUAAUUUCUGAUGUUGUGUACAGGCUAGAUUGAUUUCCUAAUGAAGAAUUACAUGGUUAAUAAAAAGUCAGUUGCAUUAAGAAACCAGUCACACUAGUCCUACUAGUGUCCGUGACUUCCAAGAUACAAAAUAGCCAACAGUAGCAGGAUGGGAAUUUCUCUUUUUCCAGCUAUUAUGUAAUCCAUUCAUUGUUUCCUUUGUUCCAAUCAAAUCACA